GUUUCAAAAGUUACUAUCACCAGCGCACCACACGGGGGUGUCACCAGUGGCGAACCGCUCCUCGACCGCGGACAAGGUCCUCGCGCGUUUCCCCCUUUGGUCCCCGGCAGGAUGAAGCACCUAGACCUUUCCGUUUAAUCAAAAUUGGAUUUGCAAAAAGACUAAAACGAAAAGGAAGAAGAUAUGGCGAACACAGCUCAUCUCGUUCGCCGGCAAAGCUCCCGCGACCUAAAGCCCCAGAAAAGCAUCGAUAAGCUCGAGAUGAAAGAGAUGCGUGGUAGAUUAGUGGUGGAUAAUCGGAAGAACGUCGCCACUGCCAAUUAUGGGGCCACUAAUGCGGCCUUUGAAGACACCAGCCCUAAUAAGAGUAAAAUAGGAAAUGGUCCCGGCAAUAAUGACGGCAAGGCGACUUUUCGGCCGGAAGCGGGCGAAGAUGAGCGUGAAAAUUGGGAUAGCAAGCUCACAUUUCUCCUGGCGACCGUAGGAUACGCGGUGGGCCUUGGUAAUGUAUGGCGGUUCCCCUAUCUGGCUCAGAAGAACGGCGGAGGCGCUUUUCUGAUCCCUUAUUUCGUAAUGCUGGCCAUCGAGGGUAUUCCUAUAUUUUAUCUGGAAUUGGCAAUCGGUCAGAGACUGAGAAAAGGCGCUAUCGGAGUGUGGAAUCAGGUAUCCCCAUAUAUGGGCGGUAUCGGAAUCAGCAGCGCCGUAGUCUCUUUCAACGUGGCUCUUUACUAUAAUACAAUUAUCGCUUGGUGCCUAUUUUAUUUCGUUCAGAGUUUCCAAUCGCAACUACCUUGGGCAGAGUGUCCCAAUAGAUAUUUUCCAAAUGGAUCUUACGCGCUUGAACCCGAAUGUUUGGCCAGCAGCCCCACGCAGUAUUUCUGGUAUCGAACUACCUUGAUGAUAUCCAAGGAUAUCAACACACCGGAAGUGUUUAAUUGGAAAAUCGCUUUGGCACUGAUCAUCGCUUGGAUCCUCGUCUACAUGUGCAUGAUUAAGGGUAUCGCAUCUUCAGGCAAGGUCGUAUACGUGACCGCCACGUUUCCCUACAUCGUUCUGAUCAUUUUCUUCUUCCGAGGAGUAACGCUGAAGGGUAUGUCGGACGGUUUGCGACAUCUUUUCACACCAAAGUGGUGGACGUUGGCCGAUCCUGUAGUUUGGUUGGAGGCUGGAACGCAAAUCUUCUUCUCGCUAGGCCUAGCUUUCGGCGGUCUAAUAGCGUUUUCUUCAUACAACCCGGUGAAUAAUAAUUGUUACCGCGACGCCAUCAUGGUCAGCCUGACGAAUUGCUUCACGUCUAUGUUUGCGGGAAUUGUCGUCUUCUCGAUUAUAGGGUUCAAGGCUACUAUGGUUUACGAACAGUGUUUAGCAGAAAGAAAUAGCACGUUGAUGAGCAUAUUCGGUCAUGCCGAUAAAAUACCUGAGAAUAUUCCGAGUGCUGGCACGAUACUGAAUAUUACGAAUGGCACCGGAUCGCUGGACAGCAUGAUAAUGCCGGCACUGCCCAAAUGCGAUUUGGAGAAAGAGUUGGAUAAUUCAGCGUCGGGUACAGGCUUGGCGUUUAUCAUAUUUACCGAAGCGAUCAAUCAGUUUCCUGGUGCUCAAUUCUGGUCGAUACUGUUCUUCCUGAUGCUGUUCACGCUGGGAAUCGAUUCCCAAUUCGGUACUUUGGAGGGUGUCGUCACCAGUAUCGUCGAUAUGAAGCUGUUCCCGAAUUUGAGAAAAGAGAUUCUGACGGGUGUGAUUUGUUUGGUGUGCUGCGUAAUCUCUAUGGCCUUCGCUCACGGAGCCGGCAGUUACGUCUUCGUGUUGUUCGACAAUUUCAGCGGAAACUUUCCAUUGCUCAUAAUCGCGUUCUUUGAAUGUAUAGGAGUAUCCUACGUGUACGGUUUGAAGAGAUUCGCUGACGAUAUCGAAUUGAUGACCGGUAAUCGGCCUGGUCUGUAUUGGUUGAUAUGUUGGAAAUACCUUAGCCCGUUGGCGAUGUUGAGUAUUCUGGUCGCGUCAUUUGUCGAGAUAUUUUUCGAAGGAAGCGGUUAUCCAGCCUGGGUGGCGAGUAAGGGCAUUACGGAGAGGCACGAAUGGCCCGUUUGGGCUUUAGUUCUCAUCGCCAUUCUUAUUCUUACUUCUGUUCUAUGGAUACCCGCAAUCGCUAUUUGCAGAUACUUUGGAAUUCUCAUAAUUGACGACAACGAAAAAGCCUGGUUUCCCGCGGCGGAUUUGAAAGAAUUCCACGGAAUCAUGCCGCACGAAGUGACAGUGGCUGAGACAUUGUUGUUUUGUAUCAGGAGUGAUGGUUCCGAAGGCUUGUGCUGUCCUACGGGUGGUCCUAGUGAUGAUGAGGAUGAUGAUCUCACCUAGGAUCAAUCUCGAUCGCGACGCGCGUUUCCGUGGAUAAUUUUGUCUCGAGAAACGCUCUACUUCAUCCUGUGACGAUCAUUUUCGACUGCUGCUGUUGCUGUUUCGUCGAAAAUGACUGAGAUCCAUUUUGGUGAAUCUGAUCUGUAGUCAGCGCAUCCGCGUGGUAGGACCUUAUCUAUUGUGUCAAUUAACAUAAGCUUCGGCGGUAGGAGCCGUUUCUUCUUAAUGCAAAGACGGAGAUAUAUUCGUAAAAAAAGAUUUAUUUUUUUCUUUCUUUUUCUUUAAUCAACUUUAACACUAUUAACUAUUCAAUUCAAAUUUUUCUUCAAAAAUUCUUUUUUCAAGAUUCUUUGAUUAAAUAAUAGGUAUUUCAAUAUCUAAUUCCGAUAAGAGAUUCUUGGUAAGGGGUUGGUUUAUUCGACAUUUUUAAAUAUAUCUCCGUCCGAAAGAUAUAACUCGUUUGCAGUUUUGAGUUUCUUAAGUGAUAUUAACUUUGUGCGAAAUGGCUUUCGAAGCUUCGCGGAUUAUAAAGAAUACUAGUCGACAAACAUCGGCACAUACACAGUUUUCGAGUCAACACAAUCGCGCGUCGCGUGGUCGGAAAUGGAACGUAAUUUGUCGCGGAGAAAAUUGCCCGUUAUACAAGUUUAUCGAUGAAACAUUUACUCUUUAGCGAUUGCGAUUAACGUCAGAUUUAAUAAGAUUAGCGGUAGGAGCCGUCCAGUGGACUUGGGUGAAUAAACCCGAAACAUUGUUUUAGAUAGAUAGUCUUGGAUCAGAACAUUUGGAUCCUUAAAUCUAUGGAUAUUUGAAGAUUCGAAAUUUUGGAAAUCAAUGGAUCUAAAGACCUAAUUCCGUAAAUACUCGAGACUCCAAGAACGCAAAUAAGUAAAUAAAUAAGAAGAUGCGGAUAUUCAGGUUUUUCAAAGUAUAGAAAGAGUAUGGAUAAGGAUCUAAGAACUGAAGGGUAUAUUAAGCUAUAUAAAUGUCAGAUAAUGUGAAAUCCUACCAAAGAUCUAAGGAUCCAGGAAUCCACAAUUGAUACGUGGACUGAUAAUGUGACAAUAAUGAACUUAACAUAAAGAAAACAAAAUUUAUGACAAUAAUAAUUGGAUUAAAUCAUGUUUGACAAUAAUCUCGACAGUGCGUAGCAUGCGAUACGCACUUAAGAAUGCCUGGAAAGCCGGAAGGCAAUUAAUUUAACCGAUAGAACUGGUUUCUUCGGACUAAGAGAUAUUAUCAUCGUCUCGGCCAUAGGUUAAUCAACUAAUUAGUUUCACGUAGGUCAAUUAUUAUUCUGAUUUUCACAUCCUGUUGCGUAUGUUCAAAUUCGACCUGAUGUAGAAUAUAUUUAUUAUAGAAAGAAAAAACAUAUUGUACAUAUAUACAUAUACAUACAUACAUACUCUAUAUAUAUACAUGUAUGUAUGUAUGUAUAUAUGUAUACACACACACAUAUACCCAUCAUUGUAUUUGAUUAAAAGAAAACUAAAGUCUAGGUCGAAAUUGAACAUUAAAGGUGUUUCCGAAUAUUCCACGGAAUCUUCCUGCUCGCAUUCCUUUGCGACAAUAAUCAAAUGGCCUGAUAUCUUCCAGUGAUAUUUUAAACAUAACUCUUUGCAUCUCGAAUAUCUUUAUAAACUUUUUCUUUGCGUUAAAAAGAAAAUUUGAUUGUAUUAUUUUAUAUGAAACAAUUUAGUACAUAUAUUAUGUAUUUAUAAAUCUAUAUUUUAUAUAUUUUUAUAUAUUUAUUUGCAUUUUUUUCAAUUAUAUGAUUAUAUAUAGAUUAGAUUUCUUGUAGCAAUGUAUAGUAAUACACACAAGUAUAUAUAUAUAUAUAUAUAUAUAUAUAUAUAUAUAUAUAUAUAUAUAUAU